AUGUUCAAGAGGCGUGUCUGCCAGAUAGCUUUGCCGUUGCGCCGGCCGCAAGCCUCGAAUCGCCUGCCCCAGAGGUUCUUUUCAACCCGGACUGGAAGUGCGAGCUCUCAAUGGACCAACCGAACUGUCUGGGCGGCUGCUGCAGCCUUGUCGGUAUCAGUUGUAGCAUACGGCAUGACACAACAGGACCCCUUGAAGCUCGACUCCCGAUCUCUUGCCGAACUCGAUGAGCGCACGAGGCGUGAAGAGGGCAUCACUGAAGAGUCGCCAAUGCGUCUGCGCAUGGAGGAGUUGAUCCGCCAGAAGCAAGAGGAGAUCGUGUUUGCUCUCGAACAAAUCGACGGCACCCGGUUCCGCAGGGACACAUGGCAACGGCCCAAUGGCGGUGGCGGUCUAUCCAUGGUUCUGCAAGACGGCAACGUGUUCGAGAAGGCCGGUGUCAACAUCAGUGUCGUGUAUGGUACGCUCACCAAGGGAGCAAUCGAGAAGAUGCGGGCCAACCACUCCAACAUCGCGACAAAUGUCGACGAACUACCCUUCUAUGCCCUCGGGCUGAGCCUGGUCCUGCACCCGAUCAACCCCAUGGCACCUACAGUACACUUCAACUGCCGAUACUUUGAGACCAUGAACGCCGAUGGCACACCGCAGACAUGGUGGUUCGGAGGCGGCAGCGACCUGACCCCCAACUAUCUUUACGAUGAGGAUGCGGUCCACUUCCACAAAACAUUGAAGGAGGCCUGUGACAAGCACAACAAGGACUACUUCCCUAAAUUCAAGAAGUGGUGCGAUGACUACUUCUUCAACAGCCACCGUGGUGAGAGAAGAGGCAUCGGUGGAAUCUUCUACGACGAUCUGGAUGACACUGUGACGGAUGCUGAAAACGCAUUCGCAUUCACCAAGGACGUGGUCAGCAGCUUCUUGCCCUGCUACUUGCCCAUCAUCGAGAAGCGAAAGGACCUGCCAUACACACAGAAGGAGGUCGACUGGCAACAGAUCCGUCGCGGUCGCUAUGUUGAAUUCAACCUCGUCCACGACAGGGGAACUGCUUUCGGCCUGCAGACCCCCGGCUCGAGGACCGAGAGUAUCCUGAUCAGUAUGCCGAGGACAGCGUCUUGGAAGUAUAUGCAUGAGCCAGAACCAAACACCCGUGAGUCCAGGACUCUGGAAGUUCUGAAGAACCCUAAAGAAUGGGUGUAA